AUGGCGACCGAUGUCAAUGUCCAAUCACUUAUCGGUCCCGGCCCACCUGCUUCUGUGAAAGGGCAGAUAGCAGCGAUGCGAUGGGCUAAGCAAAACCCGCCUAAAGACCCAAAAUCGUCCUUUGUGGGAAAGACAGUGAUCAUCACUGGAUCAAAUACUGGGAUCGGCUUGCCUGCCGCCACCAAGUUCGCUGCCAACGGUGCCUCCAAAGUCAUCCUCGCAGUACGCAAUCUCUCAAAGGGGGAAGAAGCCAAGCGCUCUAUCAUCGCAGAGACGGGCUGUAAAGCCGAAGUCAUUGAUAUUCUCGAGCUCGACAUGAGUAACUGGACAUCUGUCAAAACCUUCGCCAACGAUGUCACCAGCAGAUACGACGAGAUUAAUAUCGUCGUCUUGAACGCGGGGGUCGCACCUCCGAGUUAUGUCGAGAACGAGAAGACAGGCUACGAGGCAGCCCUACAAGUCAAUAUCCUAUCGACGGCGUAUCUCGCCAUGCUACUGCUUCCCAGCCUCAAAAGUAACGCGUCCAAGGGUACUCCAGGCCAGCUCACCAUAACUGGCAGCUUCGCUAGCAAGUAUGUCACGCCUGCAGACGCUGAAGUCAAGAGUGGUCAGACAUUGAUCGACAAGCUGAAUGACCCCACUGCUUUCAACGCCGCGAAGACGUAUGGAUUGAUCAAGCUGGUCACGCAGUACAUACGACAAGGCCUCGUCGACGACUUCUCCAAGGACGCCCAAGGAAAUAUCGACGUCUUCAUCAAUGUUGCAUGCCCGGGCUAUUGCACCACAGAUCUGGGGAGAGAUUUCCCAUGGUAUCUCGCGAUGCCAACAAAAUUGAUGCAAAUGUUUGUGGGACGCACAGCUGAACAAGGAGCGCGCGAGUUGGUCAGUGCCACGCUUCUGGGAAAGAUCGGUCACAACCAAUUCUGGUCUAAUGACAUACUGGAUGAUCCAGGUGAGCUGGUCAUUGGGUACCAAGGGAAUAAGCUGCAGUCACAGACAUGGAAUGAGAUCCGCCGCAUCUGCGAGAAGCAGGGACUGUAA